UUUGGAUUAUUCAUAGGCUCAACUAAUGGAUGUGAGAGGACUUCUUUUGCAUUUUUGCGACAAGAACUUCCUGUGAGGUUUGCAAACAUACUGAGAGAAAUCGAUCUUCUUCCUGAUAAAUUACUAGGCACUCCUUCAGUACAACUAGUAAAACGCUGGUACAUCCAAAGCCUUAUGGAGCUGGUUGAGUUCCAUCAGAAAAGCCCAGAUGACCAAAAAGUCUUAUCUGACUUUAUAGAUACGUUAAUUAGAGUCCGAAACAGACAUCAUGAUGUGGUUCCUACAAUGGCACAAGGAGUAAUUGAAUACAAAGAUACUUUUAAAGUAGAUCCUGUCACCAAUCAAAACAUUCAGUACUUUUUGGAUCGUUUUUACAUGAGCCGUAUUUCUACCCGGAUGCUAAUGAACCAACACACCCUUCUUUUUGAUGAUAAAUCCAGUUCAGGGCACCCAAGGCACAUUGGAAGUAUUGAUCCUUGCUGUGAUGUUGCUGAAGUAGUGAAUGAUGCUUUUGAAAGUUCCAAGAUGUUGUGUGACCAGUAUUACUUAACAUCUCCAGAACUGAAACUUACCCAAGUGAAUGGAAAAUUUCCAGGAGGGCCAAUUAACAUUGUAUACGUUCCAUCUCAUCUUUUUCACAUGCUUUUUGAGCUCUUUAAGAAUUCAAUGAGGGCAACUGUUGAAUUCCAAGAAAACAGUCCUUCUCUUUCUCCAAUUGAAGUGACAGUUGUUCUAGGACAAGAAGACCUUGCAAUUAAGAUCUCAGACAGAGGAGGUGGUGUUCCAGUAAGGAAAAUUGAGCAGCUGUUUAGCUACAUGUAUUCCACUGCACCAAGGCCAAGGAUGGAUGAUGGUCGAAAUACCCCUCUUGCUGGCUUUGGGUAUGGCUUGCCAAUUUCUCGUCUGUAUGCUAAAUACUUUCAAGGAGAUCUAAAUCUCUACUCCAUAUGUGGUUAUGGAACAGAUGCAAUUAUCUACUUGAAGGCCCUAUCAACAGAAUCAGUAGAAAAACUCCCAGUUUUUAACAAAUCUGCUUCCAAGCAUUACCAAGCUACCUCAGAGGCGGAUGACUGGUGCGUCCCAAGUAAAGACCCAAAGAAUGUAUCAAAGCAGAGUGCAGCUCUCUGA